UGCAAUCAUAGCCUCAAAAAAUAUCCUUCCCCCCUUUAAAAAAAAUGGAAUUAGUUCACUUGGUUGCUUCGAUUGUUCGCUGCCCUUUUAUCUCUCAUUUCUUAAACCAUAAAUAAACCCCUCUCUAUUAAAAAAUAAAUAAAUAAAAAUCUGAAAAUUUGGAAUUUGUUGGAGAGAGAGAGAGAGAGAGAGAGAGAGAGAGAGAGAUGAGGAUACAGUGCAACGUGUGCGAGGCGGCGGAGGCGAAGGUGCUGUGCUGCGCGGACGAGGCGGCGCUGUGUUGGGCGUGCGACGAGAAAGUACAUGCUGCUAACAAGUUGGCCAGCAAGCACCAGCGUGUCCCGCUCUCUUCUUCUUCUUCUCAGAUGCCAAAAUGUGACAUUUGUCAGGAAAUCCCUGGGUUUUUCUUUUGUUUGCAAGAUCGAGCUUUACUGUGCCGAAAAUGUGAUGUUGCUAUACAUACAGCAAAUCCUUAUGUGUCUAGUCAUCAGAGAUUUCUGCUUACCGGAGUAAAAGUUGGUCUUGAAACAACAACUGACCCUGGUGCUUCUUCUUCCAAUAUCAAAUCACCUUCUUGUGAAAAAACCCCAGAAACUAAAUCUAAUUCUACAUCUAGAAGGGGGGCACCUAUGGCAUUUACUGGUGGAUAUAAUGAGGUUCUACCAUCAAACGUUGGAGUUGGGAACAGUGUGCCGGCGAAAGUAUCAUAUGCUGGGGGUUCCACAACUGGAAGCAUUCAAUCAUGGCAAAUGGAUGACUUAUUUGGGGGGCUAACAGACUUUAAUCAAAGCUAUGGUUACAUGGACAAUGGAUCAUCUAAGGCUGAUAGUGGCAAGCGUGGAGACUCUGACAGCUCACUAAUCUUGCUAUCUGCUGAGGAAGAGGUAGAUGAAGAUGAGCGCUUGGGUCAGGUGCCGGAGUCCUCUUGGGCUGUACCACAAGUGCCUUCACCUCCUACGGCAUCAGGGCUGUAUUGGCCAAAAGAUUCUCACAAUCAAUCUGAUGGUGUGGUUUUUGUUCCUGACAUCCAUUCACGGCGUACUGGCUCCAUUCCAAAACGCCGGCGACAAAUUUAGAAUCACCAGCUAAAGUUAUUUGCACAAGUUAGUCUUCCCACGGUUUAAGAUCCAGCUUCUAGGGUGUGCUUUUAGCCUGUUAUUAUGUAGGUCUCCGUCCUUUAAGUACUGUUUGUGGCAUUGAGUACUUGCUUCCAAUUUGGGCUAUUUCACAAUUUCUUCAAUAUAAAUCCUUCUUAUUCUGCAGGUGCUCUUUUUAUUGAUAACGUAAAACCAAAACAGAAAAGGUGUACUAGAAAAAGCUUGUUAAUCGAAGUAGUUAGUGCUGUUUUUUUGUAGCAUCUUGUAUUUCGUCAUGAUUCACAAUAUAACCUGAUCAACUUAUUUGAUCUGUGUUCUAAAAUUCAGACAGUCAGAAAAUAAAUUCACAGUAUAAUAAUCAGGUUAGAUUAUAGUUUUCUGUUCAAUAAUUUUAUAUUUGUAGAAAAAAAAGAGAAAUUUGGAGCUGCAAAACCUACAUGACUUGGUAGCAGCUGUUCUUCACUCAUUUUUCAUCUUUUCUUAUUCUGCUAAUUCUAAUGAAACUCAAUUAAAUUUAUGUGCACCAACUCUGUCAACAUUCAAACGACAUUUUCUUUUGCUAUAUAAAUCAUUCUUUCUUUUCAU